UAGAGCUGCGAUUAACUAGCCAGCUCAGAGUAGCUAACCAUCUGAGCUAGCUGCAACAUUAUAGCUUCGCAACACAUGGCUUCCCGGCAAGUGCUGCUCAUGGCCGCGGCGGCAAUCGCUGUCGCCGCCGCCAUCCUACCGGCACCGGCCUCCGCUGAGGUCUUCAAGGUUGGGGACGAUGCCUUGUGGACCCUCGGGUACCCUGCCGCCUGGACCAACGGCAAGACUUUCGCAGUCGGCGACAGCCUAAAGUUCGUGUACCCCGCGGGGAAGCACACGGUGGUGGAGGUGACCGGCCAGGGCUUCAAGGAGUGCAACACGAACGGGAACCUGGGCUCCUGGGGCUCUGGUAGCGACACCAUCAAGCUUGACAAGACGGGGAGGAGAUGGUUCAUUUGCGGCGUGGGCAACCACUGUGAGAAGGGGAUGAAGCUCCUUGUCACCGUCGCUGGUGCCAACGACAAAUCAUCACCGGCGACUUCUCUCAAGUACAAUGUUGGUGCCGGGGCAACCGCACUGGCCGCCGGUGCCGCGGCCGUGCUCAUGUUGUAGGCCAAUCAUGGGGAUUGGGCCAAGCAACACCCCAUGACAUGACAGUUGAUCGAUAGACCGAUGGACGGCUUUGUUUGCCAAGAGCAUGAACAACAUUCUCACUAUUGUUACCAAAAUGUGCCAUUACAUGGAAUGAAGAGUUCGAUAAAUAAACAACGUUUUGUUGUCUAA